AUGCACUGGAGGAUCAUGUUGUGUGGUGCGCCAUCGUGUCAUCUCACAAGCUAUCGUGUCAUCUCACAAGCCAUCGUGUCAUCUCACAAGCUAUCGUGUCAUCUCACAAGCUAUCGUGUCAUCUCACAUGCUAUCGUGUCAUCUCACAUGCUAGCGUGUCAUCUCACAAGCUAUCGUGCCAUCUCACAUGCUAUCGUGUCAUCUCACAUGCUAUCGUGUCAUCUCACAUGCUAUCGUGUCAUCUCACAUGCUAUCGUGUCAUCUCACAUGCUAUCGUGUCAUGUCAUCUCACAUGCUAUCGUGUCAUCUCACAUGCUAUCGUGUCAUCUCACAUGCUAUCGUGUCAUCUCACAUGCUAUCGUGUCAUCUCACAUGCUAUCCUGUCAUCUUACAUGCUAUCGUGUCAUCUCACAUGCUAUCGUGUCAUCUCACAUGCUAUCGUGUCAUCUCACAUGCUAUCGUGUCAUGUCAUCUCACAUGCUAUCGUGUCAUCUCACAUGCUAUCGUGUCAUCUCACAUGCUAUCGUGUCAUCUCACAUGCUAUCGUGUCAUCUCACAUGCUAUCGUGUCACCUCACAUGCUAUCGUGUCAUCUCACAUGCUAUCGUGUCAUCUCACAUGCGAUCGUGUCAUCUCACAUGCUAUCGUGUCAUCUCACAUGCUAUCGUGUCAUGUCAUCUCACAUGCUAUCGUGUCAUCUCACAUGCUAUCGUGUCAUCUCACAUGCUAUCGUGUCAUCUCACAUGCUAUCGUGUCAUCUCACAUGCUAUCGUGUCAUCUCACAUGCCAUGUCAUGCAUGCAACCUGUCGCCAGCUGGCAGUGCAGAAGGUCCUAGAUGCGCGCUUCCACCCCAGGGGCCUCCCUCAGCUCGUCAUUGGCUGCAACGAGAUCCAGGCGGUGGAGUAUGCCAUGGAUGGUGACGUCAUCCUCUCCUGUGGGGGCUCUACUCUCAAGGUGUGGGACAGCGCGUCAGCAUCGUUGCUGCACUCAUGUGGCCCUGGAGCCAUAGCAUCACCAUCACAUGCUGAUGCCGCUGCUGCCACCAGUGCAAGAGCAGCUGACGGUACCAGCAGCAGCAGAGGCAGUGGCAUCCAUGCACAUGUGGAUGGUGGUUUGAGAACCGGCAGUGGCGAUGGCAGCAGCAGCAAUAAGCCAUCGAUUCCUUAUCAUCGUGACAACAUCUGUGCUCUUGCAGUCAACCGGCAGGUGUCACACCUAGCAGCCACCAGUGGUGCCAGCAGUGACCCACGGGUCAUCCUGUGGGACGUGCGCUCAGCCAAGCCCCUCGCCCACCUUUGCCCGUCCUUCACUCUGCCACCCAGGGCAGCAGGGCACUCUCCCCGGGUGCGAGUGCGCAUGGCAAUGGAUGCGCUGUGCUUCGCAGACGACCGCUGGCUUGUGUGCGGCUCUGAUACCACCGGCACUGCACCCUCCACCGUUGUCCUCUGGGAUACCUCCCGCCCCUCCUCCUCCUCUACCUCCGCUGCACUCGCUGCAUCUCCUGCUGCUUCUGCCACUCCUGGUGGUGCCUCUGCUCCCAGUGCGGGACCCUCUGUGUUCCACAUGCCUGCCUUUUCCUCUGUAAGUGCAAGUGAAGAGCGGUCUUGGAACUGCAGGACGAUUUUGAGGAAUUCGCAGAAGUAA